AUGAAUCUCAGUUUUAUGGAUAUGGAAGUUUCUGCUUCUUUUGUCUAUGCUGGCAGUUCUAAAGCAGCUAGAAUUGAUCUGUGGGAAUCCUUGCAGCUCAUUCAAGGUUCAGUUGACAAGGCCUGGCUGGUGGGAGGAGACUUCAAUUGUGUUUCUUCUCCUGCUAAAAGGAAGAGAGGCAAACCUCCCAAUCCCAUCAACUUAUCAUUCUUUAAUGAUAAUAUCCAAAAAGCUGGGUUAUUUGACCUGGGGUUUUGUGGUCCUACCUUUACUUGGAGAAGGAAGGAUUUGUGGGAGAGGCUGGAUAGAUUUCUUCCUAAUGACAAUUGGAUCCAACAGUUCUUGCAGACAUCUGUUACCCAUCUAAGCCUUGCUGGUUCUGACCACAGGCCUUUACUGAUCACUUUAGGAAAUAAGAUGACUUACCAGAAAAGCUCCUUCAGAUACUUGAAUGCUGAAAAGGAGGUAACUGAGUUGGAGGAGGAGCAUAACAAAGGAAGGAUUGAUGAGGCUGCUCUUCUUGAGGCUAAUGAGAGACUCUUAAAUGCUAUCCAGUGGCAGGACCAUUUCCUUCAACAAAAGGCAGCAAAAAAAAGAAAAUUUGCUGAAGGAGAUAGGAACUCUAAAUUCUACCAUGCUUGCAUCAAAUACCAAAGGAAAUGCAACACUAUCCACUCUAUCAAGGAUCAGAAUGGUACUUGGCUCAAGAAGUAA